AUGCCUUUUCUUGGUCGUGAUAAGGGUCGCUCCAGGUCGCGCAGAUCCGAUGAUGAGUUUGUUGUCUUCCUGCAAGGUAUUCCAUCGCAUUGCCGAUGGCAAGAACUGAAGGACCUCGUGCGUCAAACUGCUCUGCAUAUCCGCCAGGCAGUAGUAUACGAUGAUAGCCAUGGCUUCCCCACCGGACUUGGCCAAAUUAUCAUCAAAAACGAAGACGAGGCCUGGCGAACAUACCACCGACUCUCAACAAAUGGAUGGGAAGGUCAAAGUCUGGUAGUUACUCUCUCACGAACCAGCACACCCACCAAACCCAUCGCUGGACCUACCAGAAGCCCACCCAUCAUGUCCGGCUAUGUUUCUGGCCACUCAACCCCCCCAAGAGUUCAUGGAAACAUGAAGAUGCCUCCCUCUCCCGUCUCACCUGAAUCCGCCCAGCCUCCCACUCCAACAUUCCCAUACCCGGAGUAUGGCGUAAUGAUGCCCAUGACAAUGCCGGGACAGUUCGUCCCCAUGCUACCAGACAUGCUCCCAAUGCAAUGCUUCCCCCCUUCACCAUUAAUGAACGGAUACGAGCCGCAGUGGAUGAUGCCAUACCCUAUGACCCCAACACACACCGGAAACAGUCCCGAUCAAUACUUCUACCCUUCAUGCCACAAAGCGCCAGAUCCACAGUCCCCUUCUUUCUAUCCAGGUGCUCGCGCUGUCAUACUGGAGAACCUUCAUCCAUCCACCACGCCUGGCAACCUAAAAGACCUCAUCCAAUCCGCCGGAAUUGUCACGCAGUGUAAUGUGGCAUUGGAAAGAGACGAGACUCGAGCCUUGAUAGUCAUGCAGACCACCGAGGAGGCACAUCGUGCCGCCACUAUGUUCAACAACGUAAUGUUCAUGGGCUCUCGCAUUCGCGUCAUGGUUGAGCGUGAGCCACCGACGCGCGGUUCAAGUCUGAGUUCUGCUACCGAUAGCCCGACUUCUGAAACAGACGACUCGGUGUCUUGGGCUGAUGAGAUGAGCAGCUUGGAAAGGAAGCCUUGCAAGCCGUUGGUGAUUGAUGGGUCUGGCAAGUCGAGGGCGGAUAUGCUGUGCACGUCUGCUCCGACUUGA